GCAACUAUGUGGAGCAGCAUGACUCUUCUAACACUUGGACUGUAUCUGCCUCUGUGGUUCUGCUAUGGCCUGGCUCAGUCCUCUUUUCUGGACAGCUUUAUUUCAUUCCCAGCAGCUCUCAGACCCCAGGAGCAGCAGAAGAGGUUCAACCCAUGCUGUUUACUGAGUCCGCCUCCACCCCCACUGUUUCCUCCACCCCCUUCACUUUGGCGCCGCCACGCUCACAUUGAAGGUGUAUCAUCCAAAGAUGGAGGGUCAGAGCCUGGCAAUGAGGACAAAGGUUCUGCCUGUGUUCGAGGCCUUCCUGGGCCAGCUGGUCCUCCUGGCCUUCAGGGUCCACCUGGACUACCUGGGAUAGGAGGGCCAAAGGGAGAAAAGGGAGAAAUCGGAAGACCUGGGCAAAAGGGUCGGACGGGUCCUCCUGGACUUCCUGGGAAGCAGGGACCAGCCGGAUGGCCAGGACCAACCGGACCCAAAGGGGAGAAAGGAGACUCCGGGCUGAUGGGUUUGCCUGGAGCCAGAGGACCAAUUGGGCCACGGGGCUUGCCUGGCUAUAAAGGAGAAAAGGGCUCUCGAGGUGAUCGUGGUGAGGGGGGAGUCAAAGGAGACAAGGGUGCAAUGGGCUUCCCAGGAAUGCUUGGACAGAAAGGUGAAAUGGGUCCAAAGGGAGAACCUGGAAUACCAGGAAACAGAGGACCCACUGGGCGACCAGGGAAGAGAGGCAAGCAGGGAACGAAAGGAGACUCAGGCAGUGUAGGUCCCAUGGGACCUGCAGGCCCACAGGGACCUGCCGGCCACCCUGGCCCUCCUGGUUCACCUGCCACAGGCCUGUACAUGGUGGGGACGAAGGGUGCACGAGGUCCACCAGGGCCUCCUGGAAAGUGUAACUGCGGCUCCCUCAGCAGUUUUCCUUAUGAUGAUUAUCCGUCCAGAGGAAGCUAUGCCAAAGUACCAGCGAUAUUCGUCGUGAGUAAUGAGGAAGAACUGGAGCGUCUUCACACAGAUAACGCUCUUGCGUUCCGCAAAGAUCAGAGAUCUCUCUAUUUCAAAGACAUCGAUGGCUGGCUGCCAAUCCAGACUUUCCCAUUCCAGCUGACGCCGUUCCAGUCCAUGGAAAAUGCUCCUGAUGAUGAAGGUUACUGCGGUGAUGGGAUUGUGCAGAUUUCCAGUGGAGAGGAGUGUGACGACAGAAACCGAGUCGUCACUGACGGCUGCGUCAAGUGUAAACACGCCUACUGUGGAGACGGUUACCGCUAUGAGGGGUCCGAGGAGUGUGAUGGAAAGGACUUUGGAUACCAAACCUGUAAUUCAUAUCUUCCAGGGUCAUAUGGUCACCUCAAGUGCACACCGUACUGUGUUAUUGACUCAACAAACUGCAAGUACUUCACUUGAGCAGGAAGCUGGAGAGUGCAGCGGGAUCCUUUGUGUGUUAUUUGCUUGACACAUAACAGGAAUAUUUUCUUGCAAAAAAUUAAUAUCAUUGCACCAAGCAAGAGACUCUGAAGAAAGAGGCAGCCAGUGAUUCUUUGACGAAAGAAAAUCAAAACCACACAUGUAUAUAACUCCUCUGUACUGCUGCUGAGAUGCCACGAAAGCUCCCUGGAGUCACAGCCGAUCAGUGAAGGUAGAAAACCUUUGCCUACACUUUGGAAAAUGCACAUUACAACUGCACUCUGUCUUAACAAGCCAUGCAGGACUCAAGACUGGCCUCCUCACCACACCCAAAUGGACCGGAAACACCCUCUGGAUGUAACAGUUAUGUGACAGCCAUGCAGACUCUUAAUGAAGUGAAGGAGGAGCAGAAGGAGCAGUAGCUGGGCCAGAGGCGUUUUGAUCUUGACCCAGUUACUGUUAAGGAAAAAAAAAGAAAGGCGGUGGGACAUCCAGUGUCAUGGCCUCAGGUAUUCUGCUGCAGUGUGAAUGACAGUGCACAGCAUUUGCAUGAGGCUUGGAUUACUUAGACCACGGCAGCAGCUGUCACUAUCCAAGCAUGUAACCCAUCACUUCACUUAUUAUUGUCACAACAAGGUUUGAACUGUGGUGUGCCAAUAUCACAUCCACAAGUUCAGUUGUAAAGGUAAACCCAUGCAGGCACAUACGUACUGGUAUGAACACAUGAUAUAUGGAUUAUGCACUUGUAAUAUUUUAACAAGACUGUUAUUCUAGAAAGCCAUAUUCCAGGGCGUUAUUAGCUUGUGGAGGCACCAAACCUGACAGGGAUAGUUAGCCUGGACAAGGUUUUGAAAAAUCCAAACAUUUCUCAGGAACCAACAGGUAACAUAGCUCCAUGCAUCACCUUUCACAGGCAUCCACCACUACUCUUUGUGAAAUUAAAUGGCAGUGACUGUACACUGAAGCACACAGGAAACUCAGACAAAGCUUUGAAGUAUCUGACACGAUCGAGUCUCCUCCCUCUGCUUCAGCCAGAAAUGAAAUACUGUAUGUGAAGGCUUGAAACUGUUACGUUCUUAAUUUCCUCACGGCACAGGAAAGGCUGGGACAGUCUGUUUAGCUGCUAAAGGUGGAGGGAUUAUUCAAUUCCAACCUGCUCUAUGGUCAUUACUGUAUUUACUCUAAUACCUCUCUAUCCAGUCUUUCUGUCUUACAGUGUAAACAUCAACAGAGAAGCUCAACAGUAAACUUAACGGUGUAGUUGUAGUCCACUGUGUGUGUUGGGUAAAAAUGACUCUGCUGAUAUAUAAGCUGACGUUUCAUAAGCUAGUGUAUGAGUCCUAGUGCCAAGGGAGACUUUUCUCAGCCAUACUUCGAUGUAGUCAGGUGAUGUAAAAGCAAUUGAAAGAUGAAGACUGUUAUUGUGUUGUCUCUGCAUGCUUGUGCUAACACGCUAACAAGUGUGUGAAGCACUUUGUAAAUUAUUAGCAUUCAUCAGCAUAGCAGGUGUCUUAAGAGGUACUGUAUGUGUGACACUUCUUAUAUGAUACUGAGAAACUGUGCCAUGCACAAUUUGGAAACUGUUGAAUGUGGCGUCUGUGGCCUGUGCUGUUGUGCUGUAUCCUGUCCUGUGUGUGCACAACACUGUUGAAACGUAACAUGCAUGCGGUAACAUACUGUAAAGCUUUAUGAAAUAUUGUCUGCACUGUGACCAGGAUAGUCAUUUUGUUGUAUUAUUCUGAUAUGAUUUAUACAGUAGUUGUGGGUAAU